AAUUCGCGAACAGCGCUGUGGGAGAACUGAAUCGUUGGACCGAACGAACCGAUUCGCGAACUGAUUCAAAUGUCUUGUCCGGUUAGUCAGUCAGAACAGAAGUUUGUCGGAGAGUGAUCCACCGAGCUCAGCGGUUUGGACACGAUAAGGGCUCAGCUCGCAGACAUUCCUUCGGUCUGAGGAGUUUUACAGCAGGAUGACGAGGAUCGGGUCGGAGUUUCCUCGUGAGCGUCCGUGAGAACAGAACCAAUCAUGGCCCAGAGGGUCAGUUUUGACUUUGAUCUGGUCCCUGAUUUCGAGAGUCCAGCAGAUGAGGAUGGGGUUCAUGAUUCAUUCAGUCAACUGAUCCAGGAACAGUCUCACGACCUUCAUGAUGUCAUAGAGAUGACCCCAUUUGACCUGGAGGAGGAGAGCAGAGAUGACGUGGAGUGUGAGGAGUCUCCGGUGUACCAGCGGUCUGACAGCGACGGGCCGCAGCAGACGGAUCAUCUGAUUGGAGAACGCUGGUCAUCUGACACGCUCAAGGUCCUGUCCUCCAUGCCCAGCCGCACCAUCGGUCGCAGCCGUGGCGCGAUCAUCUCUCAGUACUGUAACCGCACCAUGCAGCUGCGCAGACGCAGACAGAGCAGACCCUCCAUCCAGCACUUCCCUCGAUCCGCACGGCCCAGCAUCCGCGGAUACGGCGUGGAAACAGACACAGCCGGUUUUGAGGAAGACGAGAAUAAGAGGGAGCGUUUGGUCAAUAAUCUGCAGAAUCUGUCAGCCAGUGAUCGCGUGCGUAUGUUGAGAGCGAUGCCACUGAGUCUCUCAGAGAAGAAAGAGCUCAGGAUGUUGGUGUUGAAUAAAGCCGAACACUCGGUGUCUCAGAGUCAGAUUCCCUGCUGCAGUCAGCUCAAGUAUUACAUCAUCAUUGCGCUGAGGCACGGCUGGUACGGCUGGCUCUCGUUCCUGUCCUCGCUGCAGCUGUGGCAGACGGCUCUGAAGUGUGUCGGCGGCCGCUUCGGGACAGGGGUCCUCUCGUAUUUCGUCUUCCUCAGAACGCUCCUCUUCUUCAACGUCUUCCUGUUCCUGGUCACGGGUUUGUUGCUGGUGGUUCCUCAGGCCAUCGCUCAUCCAGAUCAUGACCAGAAUGUCACUGUCAGGAGCACAUGGGGCCUGGAGGUGCUCACGGGUGCUGGUUAUUUCUCACACUCUCUGCUGUAUUACGGAUACUAUAGUAAUAAAAUGCUACAGACGGGUCACAGCUGCUCUGCACCCAGGAAUGGGACGUCCUGUAGUUCUGGUCUGUCUUAUAACAUGCCUCUCGUUUACUUCUUCACCAUCGGCGCCGCUUUCUUCAUCACCUGCAUCAUCCUCGUCUACAGCAUGUCGAAGUCGUUCGGUCAGAGUUUCCGCAUCGAUAAAUCUAAAGGCCUGUUGACCAUAAAGGUCUUCAGCUCUUGGGACUUUAAAGUCAUCAAGAAAAGCUCAGUGAAACUGCAGCGGGCAAACAUCAGCACACAGCUGAAGGAGCUGGUGGCGGAAGUGAACCAUCAGGAGCUUAAGUUCCCUGUUCUCCAGCGGCUCUUUCGGCUCUUCAUCCACAUACUGGCAUGGAUCAUGUGUUUGGGAAGCAUGAUAGCGUGUGUGCUAGCUGUGUAUUACUUCUCUGAAUACAUGCACGGGGAUCUGCUGAAGCGCGCUGGCUCUGGUUCGUCCGAUCCGCUGCUGGAGGAGGCCAGCCUGUUGGCCGUUCCUGUCUUUGUGUCCAGCUUUAACCUGCUCCUGCCUGGAUUCUUCAACGCCGUGGCCUGGAUGGAGGAGUACGACUCUCCCAGUGUGCUCAAUUACGUCUCCAUCAGCAGGAACCUGCUGCUGAAGGUGAGUGUGCUGGGAGUGCUGUGCUAUCAUUGGCUGGGCCGCGUGGCGUCAGAUCCUCAGAGUCUGGGUUUAGAGUGCUGGGAGAGUUUCGUCGGGCAGGAGCUGUACCGCUUCCUCCUGAUGGACUUCAUCUUCACGCUGCUGGACACCUUCUUCGGAGAGUUUCUGUGGAGGGUGUUUUCUCAGAAGGCUCUGAAGAGGAAGAGGAAGCCCGUGUUUGAUAUCGCCAGGAACGUUCUGGAGCUCAUCUAUGGACAAACUCUGGCCUGGCUGGGUGUUUUGUUCUCUCCUCUGCUGCCGGCGGUUCAGAUCAUUAAACUGCUCUUUCUCUUCUACAUGAAGAAGGUCAGUCUGAAGAUGAACUGUCAGGCGUCGGGGAAGCCGUGGCGUGCCUGUCAGAUGACCACCAUCUUCAUCACGCUGCUGUGUUUCCCAGCAUUCCUGGGGGCCGCCGUGUGUGUGACCUACACCAUGUGGACGAUAAAGCCGUCAAACCGCUGCGGUCCGUUCCAGGGGCUGAGGACCAUGUUCCAGGCGGGGAAGCGCUGGUUUCAGGAGCUGGCGGCGGUGAACCCUGAUCUGCACUGGCUGCCCACGGCUCACGCUUACCUGGUGGAGAACCCGCUCUUCCUCUUCAUGUCUGCCGGCAUCUUCCUGAUCGUGAUCUACUUCCACAGUCAGGUGGUGGACGGUCAGCGGAAGAUCAUCGAGCUGCUUCAGGAACAGAUUGAGAAUGAGGGAGAGGAUAAGAAGUUCCUGAUCACACGACUGCAGGACAUCCAUGAGCGCAAACGAGGAGCAACGCCACGCCGUGUGAAAGGACCCAGCGAGGAUUCCAGUUAUUCCUGACGCUCUUCAUGAACUGAUGGAGCCACAGAAACGAGCUGAACAGCCGAUCUGAUGAAUGUGGAUCUCU